AAGGGCCGAGCAUGAUGCGCCUCGUAUCCAGAGUCUCGCCGAGUUGGAUAGGUUCCUCGCAGAAAGCGCAGCGGGCGGAGGAGAAACACCCCCCCCCCCGAGUUGGAAAGUUCUGCAGAAGUUUAGGAGUUUAGGAGAAGUGAAGAAAAAGUGGGCGCCGACUUGGCUGUUUUCUACCCAGAAUUGGACAUGAUUGUUCCAGCCCUCUUCUUAUUUUCGCUCUUGGCUUUCAGUCAAGCAGUCAAUCCUUGCUGUUCAAAUCCAUGCCAAAACCGAGGUUUCUGCAUGACAAAAGGUUUUGAUCGAUAUGAAUGUGACUGUACACGGACUGGUUUUUAUGGAGAAAAUUGCACUAAACCGGAAUUUUUUACUUGGCUCAAACUUAAGUUAAAGCCUGCUCCAGACACUGUGCAUUAUAUACUCACACACUUCAAAGGCAUCUGGGAUAUAAUCAACAACAUUCCAUUCCUCCACAAUGCCAUAAUGAGAUACAUUCUAAUGUCCAGAUCCCAUUUAAUUGAAAGCCCACCGACCUAUAAUAGCCAUCAUGGUUUCAAAAGCUGGGAAGUCUACUCAAAUCUUUCCUACUAUGCUCGAGCUGUCCCCCCGGUGGAUCACGACUGUCCCACCCCUAUGGGUGUGAAAGGAAAGAAGGAGCUUCCGGAUUCCAAAACGAUUGUAGAAAAAUUCUUGUUAAGGAGAAAAUUCAUUCCUGAUCCUCAAGGCACAAAUGUCAUGUUCACUUUCUUCGCGCAGCAUUUCACUCACCAGUACUUCAAGACAGAUAAUAAAAAAGGACCAGGCUUCACAAAAGGUCUUGGACAUGGGGUUGAUCUUAGUCAUGUCUAUGGAGAGACUUUGGACAGGCAAAUGAAACUAAGACUUUUUAAGAAUGGAAAGCUAAAGUUUCAGAUGAUUGCUGGGGAAAUGUAUCCACCUACCGUGAAAGAAACUCAGGCAGAAAUGAUCUAUCCACCCCAUGUCCCUGACCACCUGAAAUUUUCUGUAGGACAGGAGGUCUUUGGCUUGGUUCCAGGGCUGAUGAUGUAUGCCACGUUGUGGCUCCGGGAACAUAAUCGGGUCUGUGACAUUCUUAAAGGCGAACACCCAGAAUGGGAUGAUGAGCGACUAUUUCAGACUGCCAGACUAAUUCUGAUAGGAGAAACCAUCAAGAUUGUGAUUGAAGACUACGUGCAACAUUUAAGCGGGUACCAUUUCAAGCUGAAGUUUGAUCCAGAACUUCUCUUCAACCAGAGGUUUCAAUAUCAGAACAGAAUAGCAGCAGAGUUCAAUACCCUCUACCACUGGCAUCCACUUCUGCCUGAUACAUUUCACAUCCAAAAGCAAGAAUAUACGUACCAGCAGUUCAUGUAUAACAAUUCCAUUCUUUUAGAACACGGGCUUUCUCACAUGGUGCAAUCUUUCUCCACGCAAAGGGCUGGAAGGGUAGCUGGAGGUAGGAAUCUUCCUUCUGUAGUGCAGAAAGUAGCUCAAGCUUCCAUUGAUCAAACCCGGCAGAUGAGGUACCGAUCCUUGAAUGAAUACCGAAAGUUCUUUCUGCUGAAACCUUUCACAUCAUUUGAAGAACUUACUGGUGAAAAAGAAAUGGCUGGAGAACUUGAAGAGCUCUAUGGAGAUAUUGAUGCUAUGGAAUUAUACCCGGCUCUUCUCAUUGAAAAACCACGCCCUGGAGCCAUCUUUGGUGAGACCAUGAUUGAACUUGGGGCUCCCUUCUCCUUGAAAGGACUUCUAGGAAACGUUAUCUGCUCACCUGAAUACUGGAAGCCAAGUACUUUUGGGGGCACAGUGGGCUUUGACAUUGUGAAUACAGCCUCACUUCAAAGCCUCGUUUGCAACAACGUGAAGGGCUGCCCCGGGACAGCUUUUCAUGUCAUCGGCUCCGAAACGUUGGCAACGAAUAACGUCAGUGCAUCAAGCAGGUCGAUGGAUGAAAUCAGCCCUGCCGUACUUCUCAAAGAGCGGUCAACCGAAUUGUAGGGAGGGGUUAAGGUUGUAUAUUUAUUUAUUAAUUUAUUUAUAUAUCAAUAUUUAUUUAUAUUUCAAAUAAAGCUGUCAUGGACCUCUGUAUAUUUUCCUGUGCAUUGGCGUUGAAUUCAGGGUGUCUGACUUGAAGAGGUUCUUGCUUGGAUUUGCAAGAUGGGUUCUCUUCAUUCUUCAUUAUAUCUUCUGUACCAAGAUACACUGAGAUAUUCCAAAAUGGAUCAAGGACCACAGAUUUGCUGCUUCAAACACAAACAAUAAUCUUGAGUGGGGUUUACCAUCAUGAUGGUAAAGCAGGUUAAGUGUUACUAAUUCAACACUGAAAAAGGUUUAACUAGUUAACUCCUUCAAGAAAGGGCCUUAGCAAAUGAAUCAGAAAUAGAAAAGUAGUUAUGCACUUUUACAAUAUUAUUGACCAACAUUUUAUGAUAUGUCUAAAUUGGGCUCUCUGUUACCUGAUACAAAAUCAGGAGGCAGAAAUGAAUUUUAUAUGAGAAACCGUAAGAUUUUGAAAACACAGAAUUUUUUGCAACCCAGUUUCAUUUCCUGGGUAGUCUUAUCUCAAACGAAAGAACGAUCCUCUUCCUUAAAAUAAAAGGCAUUGCUUUCUGAUUCAGUUCCCAUAUAUAUGGUCUUACUAAAUGAAUAGGAACAAGUAACCCCCACUGAAAUGCAAUUUGUUUUUCAGUUUUUUCAAAUCUUUCAUCUCUAUCUUUUUUUAUUUUCAGAAACUAAGAAAAUUACCCAAUUCCUGUAAAAUCCACUUUUACAUUAAACCGUUCAAUAGUUAUCCAACAAUCAGACAUUAAGUCAUUUGUCUCUUAAAUUUGCCAUCAGAUUUCCAUAGAGUAUGUGGUAACUUUUUAUUUUCCUAUAUCACUUAGAUGGUGGGGAAGAUCCUAUCUCCCAAAGGGGACAGUGUGAGUUCUGGAUAAUCCAUUUUAUGGAUUCUAGAACAGUGUUUCUCAACCUUGGCAACUUGAAGACAUCUGGACUUCAACUCUUCAAGUUGCCAAGGUUGAGAAACACUGUUCUAGAAUCUCUCCUUUAGCAUUGCACUUUAUGCAAAUAAGGCCAGUUCAACAUUAACACCUUAAUGCUUCAUUUUGUGUAAUAUUAUUGUGAGCGCUCAGGUAGAUGAUAGAUUCUGUAGUUGACUUGUAACUUGAAAAAAAAUACAGUUAUUUUGUAUUUGUUAAAUAGUUUUGUAUGGCUGAAGAAAUGAACUUAAUUGAACUUAAUAGGGUCUGACAUACUAUUUACUAAAAGAAAAUUACUUUUUGGAGGGAAAAAGACCCUUUAAUACAAAACUUUGAUGGUACCUGUGAAAAUUCUUUUUAAAGGAUGAACAAUGAAAGGGAAAAAUAUUGCUGGCUGGAAAAAAAAAAAUCUCAGGAUAACCAAAGAGUAUCUUUAAGGUGCUCUUAAUAAAGUCUUGUUGCUGUUAGUGUUGUAUCACUGGAACUUACAGAGAAGAAUCUCUAGCAGGUUAUGUCCAAUUAUUUGAAUUUUUCUUAAGACAACACUGUCUUACUUAAAUUGGUUCCCUGUGUAUCUUUAAGUUUCCUAUUGCUAUGAUUUUUUUCCAGUUGUCUUUUCAUCAGCAAUAUGGUACUUUGCCCUUCCUUGAACUGAAUGUUUAAUUUUAAUAUUUUCCUUUAGUGCUUUAUCUUGAUUAGUGUUUGCCUCUUUUUAUCCGUUUCUCUUUUAUUGCUCUGUUCAUCCUUUAUAUCUUUUAUACAACACUUGUAUUAUAUAAAUGCUAUGUAAUGAUUGGUAAUUAUUGUAUAUCUUUUAUACAAUACUUGUAUUAUAUAAAUGCUAUGUAAUGAUUGGUAAUUACACUGUAAAAUGCUGCUGAAUCAUGCUUUUUCUGCAUUUGUUCAAUGUAUUUAUCAAGCAGGUUAGUUUUCUUUUAUAAUAGGUUUCUAUUUCUUCUAGAGGAGAAAAAAAAAAUCCCAAGAAAACUAAUUUAUCUCAGCAAGCUGGCCUUGAUUGGGUGUUUAGAUUAUAGCUGCUUGAAAGCCAAGAUGUUGAGGAACCCAGAGAAAAUUUGACACUUUUUUGUAUAUGAUUAAAAUCUGCUGGAUUUUUAUUAGUGUAUAUUUAUUAAAUAUUUUACUUAAUACUUCGGUUCCCAGAACAUGCAGGGAAUAGAUUUUUUUUCCGAAUUGUGGCCUCUUAAAUGUAUUAAUGAAAAUGAAUGUAUAAUUUAUGGAUGUAAUUAUUUAAAUUAUAUUUAAGAUAUAAUUUUAAUUAUAUUUUUUACUUUCGCAGUCUGCAUGAAAAGGUCAAAAAUAAAUUUUAAUACGAUG